GCGGGAUCUCAUCGCGUGUUAGUAUUCUUAUCGUUUCUGGGUUGUACAGAUUACACGGAAAUUUUGUUAUCGUUGUCAUAAUAGCUUCAAUAUGCGUCGAAUUCUCCUCACCUCUGGUCAGGUGUCUAUGCUGGCCACAGCCACUAUGAUCCUUCUCUGCACAAGUGCUCUAUUUCUGAGCGGCUACGCGAUCCAGCAGCGUACUCUACGAGACCUUCGAGCAGCGAUUCGGCCCCGCCAAUCGCCGAAAGCGCAUCUGCCCGAAGAAUUCAGAGGCGCACUCGCGGACAUUGAAGAGAGCGGAUUGAUCGUUUUGGAAACUGAAGGCCAGAGAUGGUCUAGGGAAGCUCGCGAAUUGGGGUCUCUGGGUCAGGCUCGGGUAUCGGAUGCAGAGAUUCAGGUCGAAGAGACACCGGUAGAGUCUAAGCCUGAGGCUGAGCCCAAGGCGGAGCAGAAAGAGGAGGAACACAAAGAAGCUUCAGCUGCCGUGCCUGCUGGAGAACCUACACAGAAGCAGCUUGAGAUGCUGGAAAAGAUUCAACAGAGCGUGGCUGAUAAGGCGUGGGCUGUCGAGAACCCUGACCCGCUGUCUAAGAACAAGGCUCCGAUAUCAGCCGCACAGCGCAGAAAGAUGAUCAAGGAUGAGAUUUUGAGAUUGGCGCAGUCUGAAAAGCCCAUCUACUACCAGAGGCGACUGUGGUAGGCUGUUAAUAGUGUUGGACUGAAACGACUUUUUUGCGAAUAUUUUCUUAACGAUUUGGGAUUGGGAUUUAUGAAUUUAUAUGGAGUCAUGAUAUGGGGGUAUACGAACAUGGAGGAACAGUCUAUACACGAAUUGGAUAUAGUGUACAUCUUUUGGAAAUGAAACAAACAUUUUACAGAUCAA